AUGUGGCAGUUUAUUGUAAUAGCAUGCCUACUACAAGGAUUGGCAGGCUCCGAAGACUUUAUCAGACAAAAACAUGUCAUGAACCCCGAGGCUUAUAUGAAUGUGAGCCAAAUGAUUUCCCACCAAGGAUAUCCAAAUGAGGAGUAUGAAGUCUUGACAGAAGAUGGCUAUUAUCUGACAAUAAACAGAAUUCCCUGGGGAAGAAAAAACAUUGCAGUCUUAGAUCCAAAACCUGUUGUCCUUUUGCAACAUGGCUUGUUUGGAGAAGCCAGUCACUGGGUAAAGAAUAUGGCCAGCAACAGCCUUGGCUUCAUAUUUGCGGAUGCAGGCUAUGACGUUUGGUUGGGAAACAGCAGAGGAACGAGCUGGUCUCAGAGGCACCAGACUUUUUCAGUGGAUCAAGAGGAAUUUUGGAAUUUCAGUUUCCAUGAAAUGGCCAUGUAUGAUCUUCCAGCAACAAUAAACUUUAUUUUAAAGAAAACUAAACAGGAACAAUUGUACUAUGUUGGCUAUUCUCAAGGCUCUACUAUUGGCUUCAUCGCAUUUUCGGGCAUGCCAGAACUGUCUCAAAAAAUCAAAAUGUUCCUUGCCUUAGCUCCUGUGGUUUACGUUACUCAUGCCUCAAGUCUUCCAUUGAGAUUGAUGUCCUCACUUUCUCAACACUUAUUCAAGCAAAUGUUCGAUGCCAAAGACUUUGUAUUAAUCCGCAAGCCUGUGAAAGACUUCAUGAACAAAUUAUGCACAAAUGCAUUUAUGCAUAAAUUAUGUGCACAGCUCAUGUUCACUUCUGGUGGAUUCAAUGCAACAAAUCUAAACAUGAGCCGAAUGGAUGUAUACGUGACUUACUUUCCAGAUGCAACAUCAGUUAAAAACAUCUUACACUGGAAACAGAUACAAGAUACAGGAUUGUUCCGAUAUUUUGAUUAUGGGAAUGAAAACCAGAUGAUGUAUAACCAGAGAGUUCCUCCUUCAUAUCAGAUAAAAAACAUGGCGGUACCAACUGCAGUGUGGUCUGGUGGGAAUGAUAGAAUUGCAGACCCAAAAGACAUAAAGCUCUUACUUCCUCAUAUUGUUAACCUGGUUUACCAUGGCUAUUGGUCAGACUGGAAUCACUGGGAUUUCAUCUGGGGACUCAAUGCUCCCAAGCGCAUGUUCUGCAAAAUCAUUCAAUUGUUGGAGAAAUCGGUGUAA